AAAUCCCCCUGAGAGGUAUAUUGGCUGCUUCAGGGAAUAGAGCAGACGGGGUGAAGGUUUUUGCAAGACCUUUAGUGACCCACUUUCAAUUUGCUGCAAUUCUGCUUUGGCUUUUUCCUAUAGGUGCCAGAGUUCAUCUGCUUCAUGCUUUUACUACUGACUCAUCUUCUUGUCAUAUAUUCUUAGACUGGUGACAUAAGAAUCUUUAGGUCACCUGUUACAUAGUUUCUCCUGCCACCUGUAUGGGGAGGAGAAAACUGGUAUUCAAACUGAAGCCUGUUUCCAUCUUAUUCUCAUUGAUUUUUAUGGUACAUAGAAAACUUUGUUUAUUUCUGAAAAUAACAUUUUAGUGAUUCAUUGUUUUUUGUGGCAGGAAGCUUAUGACCUGCUCUUUUCUUUUUCCUUUCCAGAGAGAAUCUGGAAAAAUUGCAAUCAAAACAUCAUUUCUCUAAGAAAAUUUUGGGUAACAGAAGCUCUGGACAACAGGGCAUACCAAUUCAAUCACCAUGAGUUGGAGCUUCCUGACUCGCCUGCUAGAGGAGAUUCACAACCAUUCCACAUUUGUGGGGAAGAUCUGGCUCACUGUUCUGAUUGUCUUCCGGAUCGUCCUUACAGCUGUAGGAGGAGAAUCCAUCUAUUACGAUGAGCAAAGCAAAUUUGUUUGCAACACAGAACAGCCAGGCUGUGAGAAUGUCUGCUAUGAUGCGUUUGCACCCCUCUCCCAUGUACGCUUCUGGGUGUUCCAGAUCAUCCUGGUGGCAACUCCCUCUGUGAUGUACCUGGGUUAUGCUAUCCACAAGAUUGCCAAAAUGGAGCACGGUGAAGCAGACAAGAAGGCGGCUCGGAGCAAGCCCUAUGCAAUGCGCUGGAAACAACACCGGGCUCUGGAAGAAACGGAGGAGGAUAACGAAGAGGAUCCUAUGAUGUAUCCAGAGAUGGAGUUAGAAAGUGAUAAAGAAAAUAAAGAGCAGAGCCAACCCAAACCUAAGCAUGAUGGCCGACGACGGAUUCGGGAAGAUGGGCUCAUGAAAAUCUAUGUGCUGCAGUUGCUGGCAAGGACCGUGUUUGAGGUGGGUUUUCUGAUAGGGCAGUAUUUUCUAUAUGGCUUCCAAGUCCACCCGUUUUAUGUGUGCAGCAGACUUCCUUGCCCUCAUAAGAUAGACUGCUUUAUUUCUAGACCCACUGAAAAGACCAUCUUCCUUCUGAUAAUGUAUGGUGUUACAGGCCUUUGCCUCUUGCUUAACAUUUGGGAGAUGCUUCAUUUAGGGUUUGGGACCAUUCGAGACUCACUAAACAGUAAAAGGAGGGAACUUGAGGAUCCGGGUGCUUAUAAUUAUCCUUUCACUUGGAAUACACCAUCUGCUCCCCCUGGCUAUAACAUUGCUGUCAAACCAGAUCAAAUCCAGUACACCGAACUGUCCAAUGCUAAGAUCGCCUACAAGCAAAACAAGGCCAACACAGCCCAGGAACAGCAGUAUGGCAGCCAUGAAGAGAACCUCCCAGCUGACCUGGAGGCUUUGCAGCGGGAGAUCAGGAUGGCUCAGGAACGCUUGGACCUGGCAAUUCAGGCCUACAGUCACCAAAACAACCCUCAUGGUCCCCGGGAGAAGAAGGCCAAAGUGGGGUCCAAAGCUGGGUCCAACAAAAGCACUGCCAGUAGCAAAUCAGGGGAUGGGAAGACCUCCGUCUGGAUUUAAUCCUGGCGGGCUUAAAACCUGUGCUUUUCAUAGUUAUGGUAAGCAGCAGCUCACUGAAUAAUGACUUCCAUUGAGUAAACAUUUGGCUCUGGUUAUCUUCAGGGAUGCUGUUGGCUCAUGAUCCAAGCUCAGGGGACUCUGGAGGCGGGGCUGGGCUGAGAGGGAGAAACAGAAACACAGUGUUCCCAGGCACAUGUUCUUAGCAAUAAUACAGUUGCAGAACUUUACAUUUGUGUCUUCCAGAUCUGGAGAAGAACAGACAUAUUUAAAUCAUUCUUGUUGAACAGUUUUUGUAUGUACAGUAUUAUGGUACUUUUUUUUUAGUAUGAGAACUUUUUUUGUAUUUGUACAUUGAACUGCUGUAGUUAUACUUUUAUAUUAAAGGGGAAAAGUCCUUAUAAGUAAUGCCUAUUAGGCUAGUGCUAUUACUUUGUUCAGCAAGUUCUACCCUGGCUUUAGAGUUUUUAAUAGAUGCUACACCUAAUAAAAGUGCCUCUCAUAUUGCAGGAAUGACUUCAGAUGUGUAAGGAGACUGAAGAGGAGAUACCAGUUUUUAGUCUUGGAAAGCAAGUUCACAGUAUAAGGAGGUUGAGAUCUUUCUUUUACAUGAGAAAUCUUUGAAUCUCAUUCAUGCAAUCAGAGUUGUAGCCAGUUUUUGAAAACCUUAUUUUCAAAGGAAAUAAAUGAUUCACUGUAGGAUUCCUUUAAAUAUCAAGCAUCACCAGUAUAUGCUUUGACAGUGUGUGUAUAUAACUUAAAGUUCUUUCAAAAGCCUGAUACAGAAAUGUGUCUUCAGUUUGUUAGCAAUGUGGAAGACCUGGCUAGAGAUGAUGUGGAGCUGUCCCUCAGAAAACAAAGCCAUGCCUGGAAUCCCUAAUAGGAUCCUUAGUUGUGAACCUGUUUGAUUUGCCUUAAACCUCUAUCCAGAAACCUGCCCGCUUCUCUCCCUCUGGUUAAGAAGCCAGUGGUGGAUAUUUUCUUUGUUAACAUUAGAAAUGCAAACAUUCCUUUGUCAACCAAGAAUACUCAAAGCUACUUGUAUUGGAAAUGGCAGAAGGCUUAAAUCCAAAUUUCUUAUUUUUUAUAAUUUACCAUAGAACUUUUGUGAUUAAACAUCUUCUACCAGUGGAGGUUUAUACCUGAAAGGUCAUGGGGUCCUGUCUGUAAAUAGACCUAAAGAGAAGUGCAGUAUUUAUUCCUUGUAGGCAUAAUGUGUUUGUCACUGACAAGCAUUCAUGUUCAUCCCACUAGUCUUUUAUCGCAGUCUUUUAUUGUCAUUUUCAACCUUAUGUUGCAGAGCUUUGCUUUCUCAUCAUGUUCUCAUUGUCUUAAAUUUUGUGAGCUUCUGAGAAAGAGCUUGGUAAAGGUUUAAAGGGGCCUUUGUUCCACCAGGGAGCAUUUCAUUUGUGCGUCUCACCCUUUUCUAACGAAAGCUAUUGUAAGCCACCUCUGACUUGGAAAUUCUGAAAGUGUGAAUAUUUUUUAUAUCUUAAUUGUAAAAUGCCAGUUCUCCAUUAUUUAGAUGAACACUAGAACACUGCACCCUUUGUGCACUUUCUUUGUUUCUCCAUUGCAUUCCUACCCCCACC